GCGAGGAUGGAACGUUGCUAGAGUUCGCGGGUCUUGCUGCUGGGGGUCGGAGCUGCAGGCCUUGAGCCGCCGCGCGCCAAAGCGGGAAUCCCGGAGGCGGGCAGUUCUGCAAUUAAUGUACGCAUUUAAAACUCCAGAACCCGUGGACGCCAUGCACAGGAAACACCUCCAGGAGAUUCCCGACCAGAGUAGCAACGUUACCACCAGCUUCACGUGGGGAUGGGAUUCUAGCAAGACAUCUGAACUGCUGUCGGGCAUGGGGGUCUCUGCCCUGGAGAAGGAGGAGGUGGACAGUGAGAAUAUCCCCCAGGAACUGCUCUCAAACCUGGCCCACCCUCAGAGCCCUCCCCGAAAACGGCUGAAAAGCAAGGGGAAUGACAAGGACUUUGUGAUAGUCCGCAGACCUAAGCUAAAUCGAGACAACUUUCCAGGUGUUUCAUGGGACUCACUUCCAGACGAGCUGCUCUUAGGGAUCUUUUCCUGUCUGUGCCUCCCUGAACUCCUAAAGGUCUCCAGUGUUUGUAAGAGGUGGUAUCACCUAGCGUUUGACGAGUCUCUGUGGCAGACAUUAGACCUCACAGGUAGAAACCUGCACCCAGAUGUGAUUGGUCGGUUGCUGUCUCGAGGGGUGGUUGCCUUCCGCUGCCCACGAUCAUUUAUGGAUCAACCAUUGGUUGAACAUUUCAGCCCUUUCCGUGUGCAGCACAUGGAUCUGUCCAACUCUGUUAUCGAGGUGUCUACCCUCCAUGGCAUUCUGUCGCAGUGCUCCAAGUUGCAGAACCUAAGCCUGGAAGGCCUGCAGCUGUCGGAUCCCAUUGUCAAUAAUCUUGCACAAAACUCAAAUUUAGUGCGCCUGAAUCUCUCUGGGUGUUCUGGGUUCUCCGAAUCUGCCCUGAAGACCUUGCUGAGCAGCUGUUCCAGAUUGGAUGAGCUGAACCUGUCCUGGUGUUACGACUUCACCGAAAAGCACGUGCAGGUGGCUGUCGCGCAUGUGUCUGAGACCAUCACCCAGCUCAAUCUCAGCGGCUAUCGAAAGAAUCUGCAGAGAUCAGAUGUCUCUACUUUAGUUGGAAGAUGCCCCAAUCUUGUCCACCUAGACUUAAGCGAUAGUGUCAUGCUGAAGAACGACUGCUUUCCAGAAUUUUACCAGCUCAGCUACCUCCAACAUCUCUCACUCAGUCGGUGCUAUGAUAUAAUACCUGAAACUUUACUUGAACUUGGAGAAAUUCCCACACUAAAAACACUACAAGUUUUUGGAAUCGUGCCAGACGGUACCCUUCAACUGUUAAAAGAAGCCCUUCCUCAUCUACAGAUUAAUAGCUCCCAUUUCACCAGCAUCGCCAGGCCAACCACGGGCAACAAAAAGAACCAGGAGAUAUGGGGCAUCAGAUGCCGGCUGACGCUGCAGAAGCCCAGUUGUCUAUGA